AUCAAAUGCAUCGAACUGUCAAAGUCAAAGAGGAAAAGUGAAAAUUUUGGUCUUGCAGGCUUUGUAUCUUUCGAAAAUUACAGAUUGUAGCAUAACUAAGUCCACUGGUUGGCUUCAAGUGAAAAUAUAUUACCGUUUGCUAGUUCUGGUUCGAAUAUUCCAUUUGGAUCGUGGGCAAAAUGCUAUCGUCGGGUUCGGCGGCUAUCGGUGUCAGUGCCCUGACUGCAGCCAACUACGGAAAUGAGCGCAGUGACGUGGUCGAAUAUGCCAAUGAGGGUGGAUUCUUCCAUGCCGAUUACAAAAAGCACGAUGACCUCAAACAAAUGCUGGACAGCAACAAGGACAGUCUUAAACUGGAAGCAAUGAAACGCAUCAUCGGGAUGAUUGCCAAGGGUCGCGAUGCUUCGGAUUUGUUCCCGGCAGUGGUGAAAAAUGUUGUUUCCAAGAAUAUCGAAAUUAAGAAACUGGUUUACGUCUACUUGGUUCGCUAUGCGGAGGAACAGCAAGAUUUGGCGUUGCUGUCCAUAUCGACAUUCCAACGGGCUCUGAAAGAUCCCAAUCAGUUGAUCAGAGCAAGUGCUUUGAGAGUUUUGUCCAGUAUCAGAGUUUCGAUGAUUGUUCCAAUUGUGAUGUUGGCCAUUCGCGAUUCAGCGUCUGAUAUGAGUCCUUACGUACGUAAAACGGCGGCUCAUGCCAUUCCUAAGCUAUAUCACCUGGAUGCGGAACAGAAAGAUGAACUGAUUACCGUGAUUGAAAAGCUUCUGGCUGAUAGAACCACUCUUGUUGUCGGGUCAGCAGUGAUGGCAUUUGAAGAGGUUUGUCCAGAACGGACCGAUUUGAUCCACAAAAAUUAUCGGAAGUUGUGCAAUCUGCUGGUCGACGUUGACGAAUGGGGCCAGGUACUGAUUAUUAACAUGUUGACUCGAUACGCCAGGACUCAGUUUAUGGACCCAAAUGUAGAUGAUUUUAACGAUGAGGACGACGAAGAAAACAAGCCUUUCUAUGACGAAUCAUCCUCUGAGUCAGAACAAAAUAAAGUUGCGUUAAAAUCACCGAGGAAAACCUACUCCUUAGACAUUGACCAUCGUCUCAUUCUGCGCCAAGCAAAGCCACUUCUUCAAAGUCGCAAUGCUUCCGUUGUGAUGGCCGUGGCCCAACUUUACCAUCACAUCGCACCUAAAAACGAGGUCACAAUUGUGGCCAAAGCGUUGAUAAGAUUGCUCCGCAGCCAUAAGGAAGUGCAAAGCGUUGUCCUUACGUGCAUCGCUUCGAUGUCUGUGGAGCGAAAAUCUAUAUUUGAACAGUAUUUGAAAUCAUUUUUUGUGAGAUCAAGCGAUCAAACACACAUCAAACUGUUAAAGCUGGACAUUUUGACCAACCUUGCUACGGAAACGAGCAUUUCGGUGAUUCUUCGGGAGUUUCAGACAUACAUCAGUAGCAACGAUAAGGACUUUGUUGCCUCAACCAUUCAGGCUAUUGGAAGAUGUGCUGCAUCGAUUCAUGAGGUGACGGACACAUGCCUAAACGGGUUGGUUCAUUUAUUAUCAAAUAAGGAUGAAUACGUCGUUGCAGAAAGUGUGGUGGUUAUUAAAAAAUUGCUGCAAACCCAGAAAGAAGAACACUUCGACAUUAUUACACAAAUGGCCAAACUGUUGGACUUCAUUCAGGUUGCGGCCGCACGUGCUUCCAUCUUGUGGUUGAUUGGAGAGUACAAUGAAAAGGUUCCGAAAAUCGCUCCAGAUGUGCUGCGAAAGCUCGCCAAAUCGUUCAUCGACGAACAGGACGUCGUCAAGUUGCAAGUAUUGAAUUUGGCUGUCAAAUUGUAUUUGACCAAUCCGCAGCAAACGGAACUACUUUGUCAGUACGUGUUCAAUUUGGCUCGUUAUGAUCAGAAUUACGACAUUAGGGAUCGAGCUAGAUUUCUGAAGCAGUUUAUUUUCCCGGCAGGCGGGAAGCAGACAGUUCUUUCUCAAAACGCGAAAAAUAUUUUCCUGGCCGAGAAACCCGCUCCGACACUCGAGAGCAAGUACCACGGUAGAAAACGAUUUCAGCUCGGUUCACUUUCGCAUUAUUUGAAUAUGCGAGCUAAUGGUUAUCAAGACUUACCCUUCUUCCCGGAAGUAGCUCCAGAUGGUUCAGUCCGGAAUGUAGAGGUUGUGCAGGAUUAUGGAAAUACAACGCAUAGUGGUGAUGUGCAGAUGAUUGAUGAUGAUGCGCCUGCUGGAAAAUCACGCGAUAAAAAACAUGCAAAGACAAAGUCAUUCUAUUCCGAGUCGGAAAAGAGUUCAUCGGAAGAUGAGAGUAGCUCUGGUUCCAGUUCUAGCACAAGUGGAUCAUCUGGUUCGGAAUCCGGAUCUGGGUCGGAUUCGGAUUCCGAUGACGAAAAUGGAAAUGAGUUAACAAAAGCAUCAUACAAUGAGGUUGAUGGCGCCACAAAGUCAAAGGCGGAAUUUGAGUCGCUGUCGUCUGGAUCGGAGGAUGAAAGCGAAGAUAGCAGUAGCAGCAGCGGCAGUUAUGAAAGCUCAUCUAGCGACAGUGAAGAUAGUAAAAAUAGUACCCGUACAUCAAGCCCUGUAUCUGGGAAUAGAAAUACCAAAUCCAACAAAAUUCUCCAAUCCAACGAUUCUAAAACAGCUAAGCUCUCCCAAAAGAGCAACCUUGAUUUACUGCUUGAUUUAGACGACAUACCACCAGUUGGACCGAUAAUGACUCCUUCUUUGGGUGGAUUCCUAACUCCAAUGACUGGAACAGUUGCUGACAGCCAGGUACCAUCUAAUGACAUAGAUCUGGUUGGUCCGAGUUACAUUCCCAACAAGUUUCACGAACUGCUGAAUAAGGUCAACGGAUAUGGUCUUGGAAUUACUUACCGCUUCACAAGAGCCCCUCAUCUCUAUUCAGCCAAAAUGAUUUCCAUUGAAUUGACUUUUACAAAUCACGGCAAUAUGGAACUAACCGACGUUCAAAUCGUCAAGAAAAAUCUCCAAUCUGGAAUGUCUCUCAACGAAACGCCAACUCUUGAAAUCCUCAAUUCAAAGCAGGCCUGGACUGGCAUUCUGGGACUGGAUUUUAACGACUCAACUCAGCCGGCCAACUUCGAGGUGAAAUCAAGCAGCGGCACGAGCAAAAUAACGUUGAAAGCACCGGUCGGUGAGCUCAUUCGAUCAGUCAUGCUCUCCGAGUCGCACUUCCUAACGGAAAGAGCGAAACUUCGAGGCAUGACCGAACAUUCUUCCAGUUUUCCGUUGGAUGCGUCACUUACGGUGCAGAACAGAUCGUUGCAUCAGAAGAUUUUCGAAGUGGCGAACGUUGCCAACGUACCCAGUUCGGAGGGGGACAAAAUUCUGUUCGCCGCACAGACAAUGGGUUCAGGAAGUUUAGUGUUGAUUGUGCUGCAACUCAAGGAAGGGUCGGAUUGUUCGCUGACUGUUAAUUGUGACAAAAUGGUUGUUGGAUCAAUGCUUUUGAAUGAAAUUAGGGCAGCGAUCAAACAAUAAGCCGCUUAAUAUGUAUUCCAUUUUAUGUGCUAUUUUUAAUCUUUAUAUUGAGAAACAAAGUUAUCAUCUACAUCAUACAAUAAAUAUUAUGAAGAAUCUCUUA